AUGGUCACAGAAGAUCAAUGUUCCGACCUUCGACCUGUCACAGCGACACGCUUUGAGGCAGCGGCAGACUACGACGCAGUAACACAGCUAUAUAACGACUUGGGCGUUUCUCACAAUCACAUUCGUCUACUCCAAGUUCGAUCGCGCGGUGGAGCUACCAAUGCGCCCCUAGACUGCCGGCUCCUUAUCGUACGUAUGGGACAGACCUUCGGUGGCUAA